AUGCGUUUCAUAUCCCUGCCUUCAUCACUUGGUUUCCUAACAAACCUUCAUACCUUGUGCUUGCAUCGGUGCCAGACGGAUGAUGGAUCUAUCAUCAGAGAGUUGAAGCAAUUGGAAGUCCUUAGUUUCGUAGACUCGUGUAUUGUCGAGUUGCCUAGACAAAUAGAAGAAUUGACUCGAUUGAAGUUAUUAGAUUUGAGCAAUUGUUCGAAACUGAAAGUUAUUCCAGCAAAUGUCUUAUCAAAGUUGUCUCUGUUAGAAGCGUUGUAUCUGAAUAACAGUUUUGUUCAGUGGGAGGCCAAAGGAAUCAGCAAUGAAGGUAAUGCAAACCUUGCUGAGUUGGAACAAUUGUCUCAACUUACAACUCUGGAAAUACAGGUUCUAGAUGCCAAGAUAAUACCAAAAACCUUAUUCUCCAAUGAGUUGCAAAGGUAUAGAAUAUUAAUAGGACAUGUAUGGGGCUGGCAUGGUAACUAUGAAACAUCAAAAACUCUAAAGCUCAGGCUCAAGACAAGCAUUCGUUUGGAGUACGGAGUGAAAGAGUUAUUGAGGGAUACUGAAGAUCUAUAUUUAGAUGAAGUUAGGGGGAUUGAGAAUGUGCUGUAUGAUAUUGAUAGAGAAGGAUUUCCACAAUUGAAGCAUCUCCAUAUCCAAAAUGAUGUUGUGAUUCAACAUAUUAUCAACUCAACAAAGUGGGCUGCACGUCAUGCCUUUCCCAUCCUAGAGUCCUUGUUUUUGGAAAAUUUAAUGAAUCUGGAGAAGAUUUGUCAUGGUCAACUUGAAGCAGGGUCAUUUAGCAAAUUAAGAAUUUUAGAAGUCAGAAAUUAUGAAAGGCUGACAAAUCUCUUCUCAUUACCCACUAAAAUGAAAGCUACUGUUAUUGAUGAAAAUGGAAACAACAAUGCAGUGGUAGAGUUUGGUCUAUUGUGCUCCUUGAAGCUAAUUGAUCUACCUCAUCUUCGAAGCUUUUGCAGCAAAAUGAAGGUGGCUCUAGGAACUGAAGCAAGACACAAGCAAUCGACAGCUGAUCCAGCAUUUGAGGAAUUUUUGUCAGAGCAUGAGCUUGGUGCUCAAUCUUCACUUCUCAACAGAAUGGUUUCGUUCCCCAGCUUGGUGGAUCUGCAAUUAACCUCAAUCACUUGUGAAAAGAUAUGGCACGAUCAUCUUUCUGCAACAUCUUCAAACUUAACUGGCUUGGUUGUGGAGAGAUGCCAUAAUUUGAAGUAUUUAUUUACAACUUCGAUUGUUAGAAGUCUUUUGCAUCUCAAAAAACUUGAGAUACGUGAUUGCAAGUCCAUGGAAGAGAUAAUAUUGACAGAGGAAAAUGUAACGGAAGAAGAAGAGAGCAUGGAUAAGAUACUCUUCCCUAAACUGGAUAAAAUGAGGCUUGCAAUGGGUAUCCAGUUGAAUUUCAAUCUCUUAGAAAACUGGAAAUAUGGUGUUGUCGUUGCUUUCUCUAAGUUGGAGACAUUGGAACUCCGUCGCAUGGACAAACUGGAAAAUAUAUGGCACGGCCAACUUACAGCUGAUUCUUUUGGAAAAUUAAAGUCGUUAUUUAUUACUGAAUGUCGAAACCUAGUGACUGUUUUUCCAUGGAAUGUCUUGGAACGAUUCCAGAGAUUAGAGUUGUAUUUAGGAAGAUGUGAUUCAGUACAAGAGAUAUAUCAACUUGAGGGUUUCAAUGUUGAAGCGAAUGUUGUUGCAGCAUUUGAGCUGAGAGAUUUAUCUAUAUGUUCUUUGGAGUCAUUGAAGCAUCUUCAAAUAGAGAACCAUUGUGGGGUUGAGGAGAUUGUUGCAAAGGCAGAAGGUGUGGAGCUAGCGCCUUAUUUUUUCAAGUUUCCUCAACCAACUUUUCUCGAACUUUCAAAUCUGCCAGACCUUAGGAGUUUCUAUCCAGGGACAUACACUUGUGAGUGGCAGAAAUUGAGACGUUUGGACAUCUAUGAUUGUCCCAAACUCAUGAAAUUCGCUUACCAAAAACUGGACAGUAAGGACCAACAAAACAUCCCAAUUCGACCACCUUUCUUUUUGUUGGAAAAGGUUAUCGUAUGUUCUGGUUCUUUAGAAGAGCUAUUCUCACAUGGAGGGUUUGUUGGGGAGGAGGAACGUGCAAAGACACUAGCACGAGUGAAAACUAUGCACUUAACUGCUGUUCAUAAUUUGAAGCAUAUAUGGAAGCAAGACUCCCAAGUAGAACCCCUUCUUCAAUAUCUUCAGACUUUGAGAGUUCAACUUUGUGGCAGUUUGAUCAACAUAGCACCAUCCUCAUCAUCGUUCCAAAAUCUAGCAACUCUUAUUGGGAUGAGCUGUAAUGGAUUGACACACUUGAUAACCACGUCCACAGCCAAAACUAUGGUGCAACUCACUAACAUGGGAGUCCACUGUUGCAACAAGUCGACAGAAACAGUGUCAAGCGAUGAAGAUCAUAUCGAGGAUGAGAUUAUUUUCACCAAACUUAAAUGUUUGGAACUUGACGAUUUGGGUAGUCUCACCAGCUUUUGCUCAGGGACUCAUGCAACUUUAGAAAGUGUCAUUGUUCACAAGCAUUUCCAAGCAUCUAAAUUUCCUGAACUCUGGCAUGAUGGGAUCCAAGGGAAGUUCUUCCACAAUGUAGAAUUACUAGUGGUGGAUAAAUUUGCAUUGUCCUCCAAAGCCAUAUCAGCCCUCCAAAGCCAUAUCAGCCAAUCUCCUGCAGUUUUUGAACAAGUUGAGAAAGAUUGA